CGAUAUAUAGGUUACCAGAUUUACACCACCGAUCAUAGUACUAGUUUUUUUGUUUGUAGCUCUCAACGGAUAUGAACAGUUGCAUUUUGAAUACUGUUUGCAUCGUUCCAUUAGCAGAAUGGUAGGAUUAAUUGGCAGCACGGUGGACAUUGUUAUUGUAAAACGUUGUUUUAUAUCCAUAUCUGAAAAGAGAAGGAAAAACCAUGCAAAGGCAUUUCGCUAUUUUUUUUUGCAAUGGAAUUUUAUAAAAAGAAUUUUAAGAAAGAAGAUCGGCAAGAAAUUCGCCGUCUUCAAUUACUAAAUGAGCAAAAAUGUCGUCGCUUGGAGCAACAUGACGAAGGACGUAACUUGCAAAUGCAAAUACACAAAGUAAAACAACAUAAGUGCCCUAAAUUUCAGGAUGUAUAUGGAAGUGAAAUAAAAUUGCAAUUGUCAGAGUGGAUGAGAGAAAAACCAAGCGAUCUUAGUGAUUGGUUUUUAGUGCCUUGUCCGCGUGGCCAACGGUGUUUUGUUGCAGCUAGUGAUGGCAAAACCAAAAUGUAUAGUAAAUCUGGUCGUUUUUGUUUACAAUUUCAUAGUGAAUUACCAGGCGACGGCACAGAUGCUCGCAAGUCGUCUACUAUACUAGAUUGUGUAUUCUGUAAAGAACUGGAUGUUUUCUAUGUUUUGGACGUCAUAUGCUAUGGUUAUCAGAGUAUGCUAAACUGUGACGCGCAGUUUCGGUUUUUUUGGCUCCGAUCUAAAUUUGAAGAAAACGAGCGCAAUUUCGGGAAGCGAACCGUGAAUAAUAAAUCGCUUUGUUUGUUAAAACGAUACGAUAUGGCACAUGAUGAAAGGAUUGCCACGGUACUGCAGACUUAUCCUAUUUGGUCGGGUAAUAAACCAGAAUUAGAUGGUUUUCUAUUUUAUCAUAAAGAAGCUAGCUACACAUGCGGAACAACACCGCUCGUUUGUUGGUUGUUUGCUUUUAUGGUGCCCGAUAUUUUAGAAAUCUGUGUGAGCAAUGAAUACGCGAGACCUAACAAUUAUGCAAAUCCUCUUAUAUACAUGGAUGAGUUCGACGAAGAAAUGGCGCAAAAACGUGGCUACAACUUAUAUACAAAAAAUUUGGAGAAAACAAAUUGCCAAAUGGAGAUUGAAGAUGAACAAGAGCAGAAUGUAAUAGAGGGAGAUGACAAUGUAUUACGUGAGAUAAUGCAAACUAAACGUAUAUAUAAUAACGUUAGGCAAUAAGGACGAGAACGAUUG